CCGACAAGAUGGAGCAGAAGUCAGCGCGUUCCUUGACCGUCAAGCGAAACUUCGUCAAGGGUAAGAUUUCGCGGGUCGUGGACAGGUUGAAAGCAUUCGAGGAGAACCACCAGCUGCCUUCGUUUGCCCAGAUCCAAGUCUUCGUGUGGAACGUCGAGAAGUACUACGGCGAGUUCAACAAGGUUUGCGACGAGUUUAAGGUAAGCGACGCUGACGCUGGUGAACGCUUCAACCACGACAUCGAGUGGGCUAGAGUGGUGAGUCUGAUUCAGGAGGCUAACCUGCGGAUUGUGGCCCUGAACAACGCACUGCUGUAUCAGCCCGUGCAUGCCGCUGUUUCCGAGCAACUGCAACAACCGGUCUCGAAGGAAGAGGCCAACCAAACUACGCUUCCCACGACCGAGGCUCGUGGCGAAGGUGAUGGCUCCGGAGCCAGCGAUGUUCCGGAUGCUGCGAACGCCGAGAGAUGCCAAGCCGUCGAUCGAGAACCGGGUGCACCUGACACCAAGGUAGGUGCCCAUUCUGAACCCUGUUUGAGUCCGCCCAUUUCGGACAGCGAGCGUAGCGAGCCGAUGUGCACGCUGUGCAACGGUUGCCGCUCGGACACCGACUGCUUCACGGUCCGUGAAGAUCCGAUCGAGCAGUGUCAACCCCUAGAAAAGUUAAACCCCGACCUGAGCAGCCAGAAGAGGUUGCCAGGAGAGUCUCACGAGCCUGAGAUUCAACCCGCAGUGCCAGCGAUACUGCCAACCGAGGAACUUGAAGUGGUUCCGCACGAGUCCUCGUCAGAUGACCGAGGUAGUGCCGAGACAAAACCCGGCCUGUGCAGCCCCCAGCGGUUGCCAGGAGAUUCUUGCGAGCCCGAGAAUCGACAAGAAGAGUCGUCCGAGGAACCAGCAGUGGUUCCGCAUGAGUCCUCGGCAGUAGAACGAGGUAGUGCCGUGUCGGACGACCCAAAAGCUGUCCCCAUGCUGGAGCCAGCUCAGCACGUCGACGUUGUGCCAGACGUUGACACAUGCCAAGCAGUGGAGGGAGUUUCACUGCUGCCAGCCGUACCUGACGAUGAGAACAACAAGAAAGGUGCACAUCACAGAUGCACCGAACCAGCAAGAUCCAGCGUCCAAGUGGAUUGGACCACGAACCAGAACGCGAGGAAGGCCCACAAGAACAUCGAAAUCGACCAGCGAACGUGUACGAGCCACGAGAGUGCGACGUACCUGUACAGCCAACGGACCGAGCUGUACGAAAGAUGCUGCGGUGACAGCAUCGCACGGUCAGGAGCCGACUGUGCAGACGAACUCGGAAGGGCUGUGGAGAAGUUGCGCGAUACUGCAAUCUUCAGCAGCACCAGGCAGAGACCUCGAUUGGUCUGGGACCCAGGCGUGGAGUUGAACGCAGCGCAUCGCUCCACACAACCGUAG